GCUGCGGGCAGCCGGGGACGGCAAACUUUGCUGCUCGCUGCGCUUCCCCGGCCCGGCUCCUUCUCCGCUCCCUAGCGUCGCCAACCCCCAGCCCCGCACACCACUUCCCAGCCACCCAGCCGACCCCCGCUCCUCCUUGCCGCCUCGACUCUGCUCCGGGAAAAACUUCAAAGCGCCGGAUCGCAGGCUCCCUGCCUACUCCCCGACUGGGGAUUUCAGACUAGACGCUUGAAGGCAAGCUGCCAUCCAAGAGGACGACAUGCUCUCAGCAACCCCCCUGUAUGGGAACGUUCACAGCUGGAUGAACAGCGAGCGGGUCCGCAUGUGUGGGACUAGCGAAGACAGGAAAAUUCCUGUAAAUGAUGGUGACGCUUCAAAAGCCAGACUGGAACUGAGAGAAGAGAACCCCUUGAACCACAACGUGGUGGAUGCGAGCACGGCCCAUCGGAUCGAUGGCCUGGCUGCGCUGAGCAUGGACCGCAGCAGCCUCAUCCGGGAAGGCCUCCGGGUCCCCGGAAACAUUGUGUACUCCAGCUUAUGUGGACUGGGCUCCGAGAAGGGCCGGGAGGCUGCUGCGAGCACUCUCGGAGGCCUUGGGUUUUCUUCGGAAAGGAAUCCAGAGAUGCAGUUCAAGCCCAAUACGCCCGAGACCGUGGAGCCGCCCUCCGUCUCCGGAAAGGCCCCCAAUGGCUUCAGUGCUAUGUACAAAACUCCGCCUGGAAUACAAAAAAGUGCUGUGGCCACAGCAGAAACCCUGGGCUUGGACAGGCCCGCCAGCGACAAACAGAGCCCUCUCAACAUCAAUGGUGCUAGUUACCUGCGGCUGCCCUGGGUCAACCCUUACAUGGAGGGCGCCACGCCAGCCAUCUACCCUUUCCUCGACUCGCCAAAUAAGUAUUCCCUGAACAUGUACAAGGCCUUGCUACCUCAGCAGUCCUACAGCCUGGCCCAGCCGCUGUACUCUCCCGUGUGCACCAACGGGGAGCGCUUCCUCUACCUGCCACCGCCCCACUACGUCAGUCCCCACAUCCCGUCGUCCUUGGCCUCUCCCAUGAGGCUCUCUACCCCCUCGGCCUCCCCGGCCAUCCCGCCUCUCGUCCACUGCCCAGACAAAAGCCUCCCGUGGAAGAUGGGCGUCAGUCCCGGGAACCCCGUCGACUCCCACGCCUAUCCCCACAUCCAGAACAGCAAACAGCCCAGGGUGCCCUCUGCGAAGGCGGUCACCAGCGGCCUGCCGGGGGACUCGGCUCUCCUGCUGCCUCCAUCGCCGCGGCCCUCGCCCCGUGUCCACCUUCCCAGCCAGUCUGCCGCAGACACCUACUCCGAGUUCCAUAAGCACUACGCCAGGCUGUCCACCUCCCCCUCGGUCACCCUGUCGAAGCCAUACAUGACGGUCAACAGCGAGUUCCCCAUGAGCCGGCUCUCCAACGGCAAGUAUUCCAAAGCGUCAGAGGGCGGAGAGGGUGCCCAGCCGGUGCCCGGGCACACCCGGAAGACAACGGUUCAAGACAGAAAGGACGGGGGUUCGCCGCCUCUGUUGGAGAAGCAGACCGUUACCAAAGACGUCACAGAUAAGCCGCUGGACUUGUCUUCUAAAGUCGUAGAUGUGGACGCUUCCAAAGCUGACCACAUGAAGAAGAUGGCCCCCACCGUGCUGGUUCACAGCAGGGCUGCAAGCGGCCUCGUGCUGUCCGGAAGUGAGAUUCCAAAAGAAACAUUAUCUCCUCCAGGAAAUGGCUGUGCUAUCUAUAGAUCUGAGAUCAUUAGCACUGCGCCCUCAUCCUGGGUGGUGCCGGGGCCAAGUCCCAACGAGGAGACCAAUGGCAAAAGCAUGUCGCUGAAAAACAAGGCGUUGGACUGGGCCAUACCACAGCAGCGGAGCUCCUCAUGUCCCCGCAUGGGUGGCACAGACGCCGUGAUCACUAAUGUGUCAGGGGCAGUGUCGAGCGCGGGCCGCCCAGCCUCGGCAUCGCCAGCGCCCAAUGCCAAUGCAGAUGGCACCAAGACCAGCAGGAGCUCCAUGGACACCACGCCGUCCGUCAUUCAGCACGUGGGCCAGCCCCCGACCACGCCCGCCAAGCAUGGUGGCAGCACCAGCAGCAAGGGCGCCAAAGCUAGCAACCCAGAACCGACUUUCAAAGCAAGCGAGAACGGGCUUCCGCCAAGCUCCAUCUUUCUGUCUCCAAACGAGGCAUUCAGGUCCCCACCGAUCCCCUACCCCAGAAGUUACCUCCCUUACCCGGCCCCUGAGGGCAUCGCAAUCAGUCCACUGUCCUUACACGGCAAAGGACCCGUGUACCCUCACCCUGUUUUGUUACCCAACGGCAGUCUGUUUCCCGGGCACCUUGCCCCAAAGCCUGGCCUGCCCUAUGGGCUGCCCACGGGCCGGCCAGAGUUUGUGACCUACCAAGACGCCCUGGGGUUGGGCAUGGUACACCCCAUGUUGAUCCCGCACACCCCCAUUGAGAUCACUAAAGAGGAGAAACCAGAGAGGCGGUCCCGGUCCCAUGAGAGAGCCCGCUACGAGGACCCCACCCUCCGCAGCCGCUUCUCGGAGAUCUUGGAAGCCAACAGCAGCAAGCUGCACCCCGAGGUCCCUGCCGACAAGACCCCAAAGCCGAACCCUAGCUGGAGUCAAGGGAAGACGGUCGUCAAAAGCGACAAGCUUGUCUACGUCGACCUCCUCCGAGAAGAAUCAGAUGCCAAGACGGAGGCCAAUGUGUCCAAACCCAGCUUUGCAGCCGAGAGCGUCGGCCAGAGCGCAGAGCCCGCCAAGCCCCCGGCCGAGCCGGGCCUGCAGCAGCACCGAGAUUUCAUGGCCCUGAGAGAGGAGCUGGGGCGCAUCGGUGACUUCCACGAGGCCUACGCCUUCAAACAGGCCUCAGGCCAGCCCGUGUUCAGCGUGGGCAAGGACAGCGCUCCCGCAGGAGCCAACAAAGAGAGCCUGGGGAUGCCGGUCGCAGCUCCGUUCCUGGAGCCAACUCUGGGGAGCGACGGCCCCACUGUGACUUUUGGUAAAAGCCAAGAGGAUCCCAAACCGUUUUGCAUGGGUGGCGCCCCUCCGAGUGUGGACGUCACCCCCACCUAUACCAAAGAUGGAGCUGACGAGGCCGAAUCCAACGAUGGCAAAGUUCUGAAACCGAAGCCAUCUAAGCUGGCCAAGAGAAUCGCCAACUCGGCCGGUUACGUGGGGGACCGAUUCAAGUGUGUCACGACCGAACUGUAUGCAGAUUCCAGCCAGCUCAGCCGGGAGCAGCGGGCACUGCAGAUGGAAGGAUUACAAGAGGACAGUAUUUUAUGUCUACCUGCUGCUUACUGUGAGCGUGCAAUGAUGCGCUUCUCAGAGUUGGAGAUGAAAGAGAGAGAAGGUGGCCACCCAGCAACCAAAGAUUCCGAGGUGUGCAAGUUCAGCCCAGCCGACUGGGAAAGGUUGAAAGGAAAUCAGGACAAAAAGCCAAAGUCGGUCACCCUGGAGGAGGCCGUUGCCGACCAGAACGACAGCGAGCGAUGCGAGUUUACUGCUGGGAACAAACAUGAUCCCUUUGAAGCCCCAGAGGACAAAGACCUCCCCGUGGAGAAGUACCUGGUGGACAGGCCACCUGUGAGCGAGCCACCCUCCUCUGAGCAGGGGGCUGCUGAGGUGCCCGGUAGUCCCACCCUCCGGCUGGACAGGAAGCGCAAAGUCUCAGGUGACAGCAGCCACACUGAGACCACUGCGGAAGAGCUGACGGAGGAUCCUCUGCUGAAAGCCAAGCGAAGGCGGGUCCCCAAAGAUGACUGGCCUGAGAGGGAAAUGACAAACAGUUCCUCUAACCACUUAGAAGACCCACAUUAUAGUGAGCUGACCAACCUGAAGGUGUGCAUUGAAUUAACAGGGCUCCAUCCUAAAAAGCAACGCCACCUGCUGCACCUUAGGGAACGCUGGGAGCAGCAGGUGUCCGCAGCAGAGAGCAAACCUGGCCGCCAAAGCAGGAAGGAAGUGACCCAGGCCACUCAGCCUGAGGUCACAGCCCAGGGGAAUAACACCACCGAAGAGAAACCCGCCAGGAAAAGGGCAGAGGCCAAGGGCAACAGAGGCUGGACGGAAGAGUCCCUCAAGUCCAGCGACAACGAGCAAGGCCUGCCUGUGUUCUCCGGCUCCCCGCCCAUGAAGAGCCUUUCAUCCAGCAACGCGAGCGGCAGAAAGCAGACUCAGCCAAGCUGCACGCCGGCCUCGAGGCCUCCUGCCAAACAGCAGAAAAUUAAAGAAAGCCAGAAGACAGAUGUGCCGAGCGCCGACGAGGCCGACGGCCAGGCGGCCGCCCUGCUGCACAAGGACCCCGAGAACAGCGAGAAGCCAUCCGGCAAGAGACUGUGCAAAACCAAGCACUUGAUCCCACAGGAGCCCAGGCGGAGCUCGGCGCUGACCGGGGACUACUAUGUGGACAACUCGGAUGGCAAGGUGACUGUCCGGAGAGUCCGGAAGCGGCCUGAGCCCACUUCGGACUACGAUCUGUCACCAGCCAAGCAGGAGCCAAAGCCCUUGGACCGCUUGCAGCAGUUGCUACCAGCCCCCCAGUCCACGCAGCUGCCUCGCGCCAGUUCCCCCCAGGAGACCACCCAGUCGCGCCCCAUGCCACCAGAGGCACGGAGGCUUAUUGUCAACAAGAACGCCGGGGAGACCCUUCUGCAGCGGGCAGCCAGGCUUGGCUAUGAGGAAGUGGUCUUGUACUGCCUGGAGAACAAGAUUUGUGAUGUGAAUCACCGUGACAACGCAGGUUACUGUGCCCUGCACGAAGCUUGUGCUCGAGGAUGGCUCAACAUCGUGGGACACCUCCUUGAAUAUAGCGCUGAUGUCAACUGCAGUGCCCAGGAUGGAACCAGGCCUCCGCAUGAUGCCGUGGAGAACGACCACCUGGAAAUUGUCCGCUUGCUUCUUUCUUAUGGUGCUGAUCCCACUUUGGCUACAUACUCAGGUAGAACCAUCAUGAAAAUGACCCACAGCGAACUAAUGGAGAAGUUUCUCACAGGUAUGACAGAGCCCAAGCAAUGUUCUCAUCCAAAAGUUAGAUUGGGGGCCACCGGCGGAGAAUCUUGUUAUUUAGGACCCCCCCCCUCGUUCUGGUUUAACCGACUCCCCUCCUCUCUCUCUUGCCCCAUAUUAGAACCCGAUGAUGAAAGCGGAUAUGACGUUUUAGCAAACCCCCCGGGUCCUGAAGACCAGGAUGAUGACGAUGACUCCUACAGCGACGUGUUUGAAUUUGAGUUUUCAGAAAGCCCCCUCUUGCCGUGCUACAACAUCCAAGUGUCCGUUGCUCAGGGGCCACGGAACUGGCUGCUGCUUUCCGACUUGCUCAAGAAGUUGAAAAUGUCCUCCCGAAUAUUCCGCUGCAAUUUUCCCAAUGUGGAAGUCGUCACGAUCGCCGAGGCAGAGUUCUUCCGGCAGGUUUCUGCGAGCCUCUUGUUCUCUUGCUCCAAAGACCUGGAAGCCUUCAACCCCGAAAGCAAGGAGCUGCUGGAUCUGGUGGAGUUCACCAGCGAGCUGCAGACGCUGCUGGGCUCGUCCGUGGAGUGGCUGCACCCCAGCGACACAGCACCCCAGGACUACUGGUGAGCGCGCAGGCGCCCCAUGUACAGUGUGUCAUAGUGUCAACCCUUGUGCAUAUGUGUCAUAAUACGACUAUUUCUGUAAAGAAAGGACACUAUUACAUAUGAAAAUAUCUCUUCUUUAUAUAAGAGAAAUUACUCCAGUCAGAAGGACUUAGAAACCUGUUCUUUUCUUUUUAAUCUUUUAAGUCGGUUUUUACGAAGUUGUUAUAACGUUUCUUUACUUUCCAGUGCUUUGAGAUAUGUAUGUUUUUACUUGGAACAUUUGUUUGUUUUCUGUUCUUUUUUAAGGAGAAAAAAAAAACUGUCAAGGAGCUCACACUUUGAUUUCAUUUCAUACAAAGCUCUGGUGACGCGGUGGGUAACCGUGUCACGUGUGGUCAGGACCGUGUGGUUGGUUUGCAGGGGCGCAUUGGGUGAAGGCACUUGGUGGAGUUGUACCUUUUAUGUUUUGUUUACAGAGCACCUGCUCGGGCCAGGUAAAUGCUACUGGAUGAGAUCCAGUAGUGUGUAAUAUAAACCCAAACCAUAUCCACACACAACAACUAAUUGUAUGAAACUUUUAUAUCCUAAUUUAAAAGCUGUGAAAUUAGUUUUCACGCAUCAAACCGGAUUGUUUAUAUGUUUAAACAUUUUAUGCUCUUAUUUAAAGAAGACUUUGAGCUAUUUUUUUCUGUACUCUGUAAAAUAUUGAAAACUAACAUAAUAUGUUGAGGUUGCUUGAAGAUGUACAUAAAACUAAAAUUUUCUGGAUUGUGUGUUUAUGUUUGAAAUCUGUGUUUUAACUUUGUAAGUAAAUUCUCUGCCUUUGUAUUUAUAUUUUACAAAAAUUUUCUUAAAAGGCAAUAAAACUGUUGAGGAAAGGAGAAAA